CUUUUUCCUUUAUUAUAAUAAGCAAGAAUGACCAGUCAAGAACAUAAGCCUGCUAUUCCCAAGCUUGCACAAGACUUAAUUGCUGGUACCAUUGGUGGUUGGGCACAAGUCGUUGUCGGUCAUCCUGCUGAUACGAUCAAGGUGCGUUUACAAACACAACCUUCGCCUCCUAUCUAUAGCAGUGCUAUGGAUUGUGUGCGUAAACUUGUCAAGGAAGAAGGUGCAAAGGGUCUUUAUAGAGGUGUCAUGUCUCCUUUAGCUGGUAUUGGUUUCUGUAAUGCCGUCAUGUUUAUGGCCAACGGUCAUUCGAGACGUUUAUUACAAAACGGAGAUGACAAGAAGGUGUUAUCCAUCUUUGAGAUUGGUGUAGCUGGUUCAAUGGCAGGUUCUGUCAUGGCAUUUUUGAAUUGUCCUAUUGAGCUUUUAAAGGUCAAGUUGCAGACACAAGAUCCUAAGGGUGUCUUGGGUGCCAAUGGUAAACUCGAGCCUGCUUUUAAGGGUGUGAUUGAUUGUGGUAUCCGUACUGUGCGUUCUCAAGGAUUCAAGGGUAUUUAUCGUGGUAUGGGCAUCACAUUGAUGAGAGAUACACCUAGUUAUUUCGCCUAUUUCGUCGGGUAUGAGGGAUUAAAGAGAAUGUUCCAAUCCAUGAGACCUGAUGGACAAUUAACUACGUUUGAUUUAUUGAUGGCUGGUGGUUUAUCUGGUUUUGCUGCUUGGAUUCCUGCUUAUCCUCAAGAUGUCAUCAAGAGUAACUUCCAGAACGAUCUUCGUUAUAAAUCUAUUGGACAAGUUGUCAAGACUUUAUACAAGACUUCGGGUCCCAAGGCCUUUAUCAAUGGUAUUGGUCCCACCCUCGUCAGAGCUUUCCCUGCAAACGCAGCUACCUUUUUCGCCUAUGAAAUGGCAAUGGAAGCCAUGAACAAAUUAUAAAAAUUUCGCAUCCAUCCACACACACACACAUACACUUAUAUAUAGAUUGUACUCAUAAAACUCAGCUAUUUGACAUUUUUUUCUUUUUUCU